AUGCGGAAAAGAUAUACCGACAUAAGAACGCCGAAGCCCGACCAUUCGAGAUUCGCAUUCAUCGCUCCGCCGCUCAUCACCAUCACCGUCGUCAUGCCUCAUGGCUCCAGAAAGGGGAAAGCAAGCAAACAGAAGAAACACAAGAAGGAGACGGCCAACCACCAAACUCCAACUAAUUCCUCUGGCCCUCAAGGCAACGGACCAGGUGGCGACCACGAAGACAGCAGCGACCGCCCGUUCACUGACGAAGAAUUCUCCCCUAGGGCCUCAAUGGAAGCACAACCCGAGCACGAACCCGAGCCUGAGCCUGAGCAUGAGCCCGAGCCCGAGCCGAAGCCGGAGCCGAAGCCGGAGCCGGAGCCCGCAGUUAGUGAUCAGGAUGCAUCUGUUGUUCCAAUCGAGCAGCAAACCGUUUCGGAAUCGGAGCGAACUGAAGUAGCCACGGCGGCGCCAUUGGAGGUUUUGGAGGAAUCAUCUGCUCCUCUGGAAGUUAGGGAAAAGAGUGGCGAAGGAAGCUCGUACAGUGAGGGGGCUGAGAUUCCAGUUGCUAUUGCUCGGGAUACUCCUGCUGCGGGACCUUCCCCGCUGUUAGAGCGCCGUGCUACGUGGUGGAAUUGCUGCGGACUGCUUGAAGUUUUUGGGGGAUCCCAAAGCUGAAAUAGAGCAAACAGUUAUUGAAGAUGCACCAAAAAUUCAAGCCGUGAUAGAAAGAGAACUUCAUGACAAGAGUGGUUUCUGAAGAUCAUUCUUAAGACAAAACAGAUAGUCUGCUGCAGUUUUUGCUUUCCUGUCCAUUUAUAUGAUUUGUGUGCUCGUUCUGUCAAAGUUGCUAUUUAAUCUAACCAUACUAAAAUUUCUAUCAGGACAGAAUGGUUAGAUUAAGGAGACAAUGUUGCAUUCGUCUUAUGUAUUUUUGACUAUAAAUCUACUUAAAUUUGAGCAGAAUACUAAAAAUUUCAUGUUUUCUUGUUUUGAGUGUUUUAUGAAAUUAACUUUGUCCUUAUGCAGGACACAUGCAAAUAAAUCUUAGGCUUUGAUGAAUAA